ACAUGUGAGAUAAGUCUACACUCUCAGUGUCUACUCGUAGUCUACACAAUCUACAUGACGUCAUCACAUAUAUGCAUCUCUCUCGCACUCGUGCUACGUCUGGCUCUAGCCUAUCAAGGAGGAAGACUGCCUCCAGAAUUGAGAGCCACUCAAACUACCUCACCAUGCAGACUGGACGGGGAGAAGGAGGUACCUCAUGGCCAUCAGAUCGAAAGGGACGAUCCGUGUGAGUUCUGCAUCUGUAUUGACAGCAAAGUAUUCUGCUGGUGGGGCCAACAACACUGCACCAACAACGAGUCAUCCGAUAACUCCACAGACUCGACCUCCCCCAGCUGGAGUGAUUCCUCGGACAACUCCUCUUCUCUCAACACUACAGACUCCACGGAGCCCUCCACCACGCCGACCUUGUGUACAGUCAUGGGCAGGCAGUACUCUGUGGGUGCUGUGCUGCCCAGGGAUACAGGCACCUGUCUGGAGUGUGUCUGUGGAAAAGCUGGCAGAGUUACAUGUAGCCCCAAGGACUGUAUACGUCCAAGUGACGACUUCCACAACUCGGACCCAAGUAACUCCUUGGAUAUGUUCGACGUCGAUGUAUUCUGAGCUACCUAGAGUUUUCCUUCCCUUAUAAUCCCAAGGUGGUAAUAGCUGUGAUGGUUUCCACGUCCCACUUCACAAUCCAAAUAAAAAGAAUGAUGGUCGGAGAGCCAUAUGAAUCACCAAAUAGCCUGUAUGUACUGCUUAGUUAGGUUGAUUUUGUUAUUUUUCUUAUUUUGAUUUUGGAAAAACAAGGAGUUUUUUUUUAUUUUUCACAACAUGCCAUUUAUUUUUUAAUUCCACAUUAGAGUCAAUUGAUUUUCAUCAGUUUGCGGCAUUAUGAAUAAUUGAGAAUGAUAAAUGUGCGUUCACGGGAGGCGAACCAAUACGUAUAAUUACAGCAGUAUUAAAAACGAAUUAUUGUGAAGUGGGAUAUCGACAUAUAGAUUUUUAUUUAUUGUAGGCUAUUUAUUUAAGUUUGAGUCUUAAAUAAAAAACGCUAGCUUUUAAUAACUUUUAUUAUUUUACAUUUUAAAUGCACACUAUUUUUUUAUAUUUACACCCAUAAAUAUGCGAUAAAAUUAUGUUUACAUAAGAAAAGACAUUGUAAUGGACUUUAACAAAUAUUCCGAGAAUCACUCGACAUUUGCUUUUCAAAUAAAUCAAACGACCACAAGCAAUACAAUUAUUAGUAUACUGUACAUCAAUAAUUUUGUUUAAAAAUAUCUUUUAAACUGUAUUGUCUUUCGUGUGUGUAUAUAGUGACUGUGUCAACUUAAACAUCGUUCAAUGAUACUUUAUGUUAAUAGGCUACUUUAAUCUCUCUAGAAACACUGUAUGUAUGUAUAUCACAUUAAAAAAUCUUAAGUGUAUCCAAGUGUUCUUAGACGUAUUCAAUUAUACCUUCUGAUCAUUUAAAUUUUCCAACAGUGUUUCCAUAGCCUAUAGUUAUAAAAAUAUUUUCUGCAGUUUAUAAAAUGACAUAUCAGUACAAAAUUUACUUUACUUCACUGAAGCCUUUGUUGGAUAUGUCAGUAAACAGACAAUAAUAGGUAGUCUACUUAGAAAACCAGUCGGGCAUUAUUUGCUUCUAGAGUUUCUAAAGCUUAUUUAAAAUAUGCACCAAUAUUACAGAAAAAGAUAUUCGUAAUAUUAUUUAUCUUCUUUCAAUGCAAUCUGAUAUCAAACAAAAAAUGCAUUAUAUAACUUUUAUGAGACAAUCUUCAAAAGCCAACGGCCUAUUCUAACAACCCAAACUUGUCUGCUAAACUUCCCUAAUCGCCUUUCAAAAACUCUUUCAAAUAAAAAUUUUGUUUUAACUAAUAAAAAAAAUGUUUGGUUGUGCUAGUUUUUUUUUAAUUGCGUAGGUAUUCUGUAGAUAAUUAUUAGUAGUUAAAUAUUUUAUUGUUAUUCCAGCUAUGUCAACUGUAAAAGUUUCGUUCGUGUAACAGCAGUUGAGUGCUUAUGAUGACGUAAUUUUCAAGCAUUUUACAUGUGGUUUUCAAAUGCAAUAUCUGUAUCUAUUUCAGUGUAUCAUAGUUUCUUCGUGUCUAUAUCUUCCUGGCGGCAUAUCUAGAUACAUUAUAUUGUGAUAUUCUAGUCUAUAGUAUAAUUAAAGGCAUCUUUGCUUAUAGGGCAUUUUCGUAACAACAUUUUAAUUCUUAAAGUUAAGAAAUAA